AGCACAGAGCUUCCGCAAGGAUAUAAGGACAUGUCGUCUGUAUUCUUUGUUUCUCUUUAAUUUAUUUGUCGGUUCCUAUACACGAGUAUAAAAGACAAUCGGUUUUCGUUCCUUGUGACAUAAUCCGUUCAGGUUUUGUGGAAGAAAGGUGGUCUUAGUAAGUUCAUAGAAAUAUGAAGUACGUUGUGCUUUUGCCUUUUAUGUUUUGUGCUGUGUACGGUGCACCGAAGCUUAGGGUGAUGCCACAAAGUAUUCCUCCUCCACAACUUCUGACUUUGCCAAGCAACGCUACAAGUAUCAGAACAGAUAUCAGCGAUAGCUUCCAAUGUGAUGGCAGAGACUACGGUUACUAUGCUGACGUAGACAACGAUUGCCAAAUCUUCCACGUGUGUCUUCCAAUUACAUACUCAGAUGGCCACAACCAGACUUUCAGGUGGAGUUUCAUCUGUCCUGAAGAAACUGUCUUCAAUCAGGAAAUUUUCACAUGUACCAGGGCUGACGAGGCUAUGGACUGUUCUGAUAGUCCAAGGUUCUACAAUUUGAACCGAAACUUUGGAAACAUCGAAGAAGAGGCAGAAACUGAAAGCGCCCACAUCGAAGAUAAUCAAGAAGUUUCGGAAGUUGAGCAAGAUAUCCAGGUUCCUACCAAUACUAAUGCCCAUGUGAAUAUGGGUAGAAGAUCUCGUAAAGUUAGGUUAAGUUCGAAACAAUGAUAGACGAAAGGUUUUCCAGAAUUUUUUUAUAAGUUGAUGAAUGUUCUGAUUAUAACAUUUAUUUUUUGUAUGGAGAGCCAGUAUUCGAAUCGAUUUGUUAUGGGGUAUUCAUCGUUGUUCAUGGAAAGACUGAAAAAAUCAAAAUAAAUGAUAAAAUGGA